AUGCCCACGACGUAUAUUUCCGUCUCAGGCAUUCCAACCCUCCAAAAUCUUACAGCAAAUGUUUUACGUAUUUUAGCUUGGAAUUCAGAUGCUGCUCUACUAAUUGAACAGCAAAAAAUCUUUGUGUCUUUCACAAUGCGACCAACGCUGUUGUCGAGCAGUAGUGUGCCACGUGUACGAAUUCGUCUAGAUCAUUAUUCAUGCUCGAAGAGAUAUAAGCGAAACUACUAA